CAAGGAAGGAUUGGGUAGGAAACCUCAGGAACAUUACACUCAGAAGAUAAAACGUUUAUCCGCAAGGCCCGAUUCAUUCUCAGCGUUCCGAAAUGAAGCCAGGGGGGCACGCGUGUCGCCUGAAAAAAUAGGAAGACAUGAACUGAAAGAACACCUGCAAGUUAACAUAUAUGACAUCAUCGCCGCAGGAGGGGAGCCGUCCGUAGUGGAAAAGAUGUUGAACCACGUGGACGUGAAUGCUGUCAACUCUCUCCAGGAGUCCCUACUGCAUGUAGCUGCCGAACACGGCCAUCUAUCCCUCCUGGGGCUCCUCCUACGCAGAGGGGCCAGACUGGAACUGAGAGAUCAGGAGGGCCGAACGCCCCUUCACAGAGCGGCAAACAGGGACCACGGCGAGGUGGUACGGGCCCUCAUGAAAGCCGGCGCCUGUCUGUACACCUUGGACGCACAGCGGAAGAAUCCCGUCCACCUGACGGCAACAAACGAGGACUUGGAUUGCGCCCGAGCCCUUUUGAUGGAGGAGAGGGGCAGAGGGGUUGAGGACCAGACGGAGCCCACCUUCCUCCACAGAGCGGCCCAGGAGGAUGACCAGAGCCUGGCCCGGAAGCUGCUGCAGGCAGGGGCUGCCGUGGAUGUCCGAACCAGGCAGGAUAAAACAGCACUGUUCUAUGCCGUGAGUGGGAACAAUGAAAGGACCGCAGGAGUCCUUCUUGAAGCGGGGGCUGCAGUGGACCAAGUGGUCCUAAAUGAAGCUGUGAACCUCAACAAUGGCUCCAUGCUCCAGCUACUGCUAGCUCACUCCAGAGGAGCCCUCAGUCCAGAAGCUAUGGGCUCCACUCUCUUCUCAGCAGUCAAACAGAACUGUCAUGCGGUGGUGGAUAUUCUAAUCGACGGUGGUGCUGAUGUCAACAUGUGUGACCAACAGGGAUACACUCCCCUCCUAUUGGCUGCUGAACUGGGCCACACAGACACAUUCAGAGUUCUGGCAGGUAAAAACGCCAAACUGGAUGUCAGUCUACCAAACUUGACGACAGCCUUACACCUGGCAGUGCGUAGCGGCAGUGAGCUUUUGGUACAGGCUCUGUUGGCAAAGGGAUUGGAUCCUAAUGCAACUGGGCCUAAGGCAUACACACCUCUACAUCUGGCAGCACUCCACAGCCACCCAGCGCUGGUUGAGAUGUUGUUAAAAGCUGAAGCCCAGGCAAAUGCUGUGGCCCAAGAUGGAAGCACCCCUCUACAUCUAGCCAGCCGGCGUGGCCAUGCAGACGCACUGAACCGCCUGCUUCAGGUCAAGGUUCACACCGAGAUCCGGGACCGGCAGGGCAGGACCGCACUGCACUGGGCUGCCUCGACCCAGACAGAAGGCCCAGCGGUGGACAUGCUGCUGUCAGCCGGAGCCAACCCUGACGCCGCCGACAAGCAGAAGAAAACGCCAUUGCACCUGGCGGCCGCGGCGGGGCAAACAGAAGCUGUAGCAGCGUUGUUAACGCACAAGGCGAGGGUUAGGGCUAAAGACAUGCAUGGCUCCACCCCUCUUCACUACGCGGCAGGCCGGGGGCACGACGAGGCGGUGAAGCUCCUCCUGUCGGCGCAGAAGAAACAUGGAGUAGACCAGAGGAACACGUGGAGGAAGACGCCGCUCCACACCGCCGCCGAGAAGGGCCACACCGAGGCAGUUGCCUCACUCUUGAGGGCGGGGGCAAAGGUCAACACGCUUGACAAUUGUAAAGACACUCCCCUCCACUGUGCCGUCCGGGCGGGCAGCAGGGACGCAGUGAGGGAGCUGGUGAGCUGGGAACCAGGGAAGGGUAGGCAGGGGGGCAAGGCUGACCUGCAGGCUGUUAAUAACGUGGGGAAGACUCCACUGCAGGUGGCCGAGAGCGAAGACACACAGGAACACAGGGAUAUUGUAGCUAUAAUCAAGAGAAAGAUGGUUCUUAUUAAAUAGACGACAGCCAAGAGACAAACGUCAAGUGAGACUGCUUCUUGCUGAAGGCCUCACCUUCAGCCAUUUAAUUCUUGUUGGCAAUGUGGGGAGCAAAACAAAAUAAAGAAAAAGCUCAAGAGAAUAGUUAUUCACGUUCAAGAUAUUCUGUUUGUGUGUUUAUGUGACCUUAAUUUCAGCCUUGGGGCUGUUGAUAUAUAACGGGAGCUUUGUAGAUGGGUGCGGCUGUAGCGCAGAUGGAUGAGCCCAUCCGGUUGUACAAUCCAUGUUGUAACAGUUUCACCUUCUCACCAUACGGGGGAGCCAUCAGACUUAUAGUUAAGAGUAAAAUAGCAUCGAAGCGUAAACCAUUUGUUCUGAUACAUUUUAUGGGUUAUUUUUUUCGGUUUUUUGGAAUGUGAUUAAUGAAAUUGUAAAUAAUUUAAAUGUUAUUUUCAUAUAUUUAUGUCCAUUGUUUGUGUCCGUCUUUACUAUGUAAUUUAUUGUAGCGUGGUGCUGAUGACGAUCCCCUUUGUCACGUGACACUGUUGUUUUGGUCCGAGUCCAUGUGCAUUAGCCCAUUUCCAGACAAAAUGGCAAGGAACGAAGAGAAACAACAAGGGCGAUUGAAUAGACU